AUGGAUCCCCCCGAACUCCGAGUUGAGAAACCCUCUCCAACAGAGAGCGACAACGCCAGCCCAGCAACCCGCAAGACCCUGCACCAGAACAUCUUUGGGAAACUCCGGCCCCUCCCCCUGCAGUACCACUGGACCUUCUGGUAUGACAAGCACGCCGAGGGCUCCUCAGACUACGGCGACAGGCUCUACGUCCUAUACGAGGACGUCUCAGACAUCGCAACCUUCUACCGUGUCUACAACAACUACCCCUGGGAGAAGAUCCCGCAGCGCGACACGGUGCACAUCUUCCGGAAGGGCGUCAAGCCCGUCUGGGAGGACCCCGAGAACCUCAGGGGUGGAUGCUGGAGGUUCCGCGUGCCAAAGAGGAAGGCGCAGGCGUUCUUUCACGAGAUUGCGAUUCUUUGUUUGGCGAAUGAGUUCCAGGCGGCGCUUGAGAAAGAGCAUGACCAUGUCCUUGGAGUCUCUACAUCGGUACGCUUCAACACGCACUUGAUCUCGGUAUGGAACAAGCUGGGUUCGAAUGAGCGCUCUAUCAAGAUCUUAGAGGAGACGAUUCUUUCCCGGCUGUCGCCGAAUCUGCGGCCAACUGACCCAGGCCCUAACUCUUACUUCUAUAAGCGCCAUGACCAGAAUGACGGUUAUAAGGAAGCCAUUGAACAGCAAGAUGCUUCAAAGCAGUGA